CUGCGACUCAUCCAAGUCUAUCUACAACCACAUCAACCAUGCCUGCAGUCACAGUCUCAAACAUUUCCUCAAGCACUACUCAGGAGAAGCUUCAUGAAUUUUUCAGUUUCUGCGGCGACAUCAAGUCAAUUGAUCUCAGACCCGAGGGGGAUUCGAAACAAUCCGCAGUUGUCACCUUUGAGAAACCUUCGUCUGCCGGUACAGCGCUCAUGCUCAAUGGCGGUACUCUAGACGGUGAACAACUCCACAUCACCUCCGACGUGGAACACCACAAUCAUCAUGAGCAAUCGCAACACUCAAGCUCACCUUUCGAACAGUCAGACAAGCCUAGAGCUGGAAUUGCCGCCGAAUAUCUGGCAAAGGGCUACAAACUUUCCGACCACAUCUUGCAGCGAGCCAUCGAAAUUGACAACAAGCAGGGGAUUUCCAAACGGUUUUUAGAUUAUAUGCGCGGUCUUGAUACAACAGUUGGACAGAAAGCUCUCGGUUCCGACCAAACGGUGUCCGGCAAAGUACAAUCAACGCUGAAGGUUGCCCAUACCAGAGCGAAGACCAUCGACGAACAGAAAGGUUAUUCUAAGGUUGCCCACGAGUACUACUCAAAGGCGGUCUCAUCUCCCUUUGGAAAGUCUGUCCUCGACUUUUACACUAAUACUUCAAAGCAAGUUCGCGACAUUCAUGAGGAGGCUCGUCGUAUGGCCGACCAACAGCCAGCUACCAGUUCAUCUGCGGGCAAUGCCACACAUGCCAGCGGUACUGGCGCUGCCGGACCUGACGCACAACCUAGUCUCGCCACCGAAGCCUCUCCCACCGUUGUUUGAAGGCUAUCGCAAUGGGCAGGGGGCAGGUUGGUAAUUCCCUGUCCGACCGUAGAACAACGCAUUACCGGAUACUACGUAUUUUCAAUGACUGAAACCUUGUAAUUAAUAGUUUCGUUGUACCAUAUAUGAUCUGGCUGACUGUACUUACAAGUAGGAGUUGUAAGAGAUCCUGCCACAAGCAUCGGCAAUCCCGACACUUGUAGCUGCGAUAUAAGGUAGAAAGUUCGUUAUGCGUGGCUUUUUCAACUGUGAUGUCCUCCGAGGAAAUGUAUCUUCGAGUGCCAAUAGGACAGUGAUGACUAGAUUAUUAUCUGAUGAAUAAUAAACGGCACCACCACAGUUUAGGAUCGUGUAUAGCGACUGUGAUGC